AUGAGCGUUUUCAAACGUGAUAAGAAGGAGGAGGAGGAUAGCGGCGGAAAUCCCUAUCAGAACUUGGAUAAGACGAUCGUGUUGCAAGAAGCUAGGUACUUCAACCAGACUCCGGUCAACCCUCGAAAAUGCAGCCUGAUUUUGACGAAAAUCCUCUAUUUGCUCAACCAGGGAGAGAAGUUGACGACCCAGGAGGCCACAGACGCGUUUUUCGCGACUACCAAGCUGUUUCAAUCGAAAGAUGUGAUGUUACGUCGGAUGGUGUAUCUUUGCAUCAAGGAACUGAGUACGCUCGCGCAAGAUGUGAUAAUAGUAACGUCUUCGUUGACGAAAGACAUGACUGGGAAGGAGGAUUUGUACCGGGCAGCGGCUAUAAGAGCCCUGUGCAGUAUUACUGACAGUACGAUGCUGCAAGCCAUUGAGAGGUACAUGAAACAGGCUAUAGUGGAUAAGAAUCCAGCUGUGAGUUCCGCGGCGCUGGUUUCGGCGUUGCAUCUGUCUUCGACGGCUCCUGACCUCGUGAGGCGGUGGGCGAAUGAAGCUCAGGAAGCAAUUGCAUCUGACAACGCAAUGGUCUCCUACCACGCUCUUGGAGUCGUCGCUGGUUCCCGCAAGAACGACAAGCUGUCUACCGUCAAGCUGGUAACUCGCUUAGCUCGGGCACCGUUGAAGUCUCCUUACGCUCUCUGCCUUCUUAUCCGUCUAGCGGCCCAGCUUGUAGAAGACGACGAUUCCGAUGCAUCUCAACCUUACAUCGAGUUCAUCGAAUGCUGCCUUCGCCACAAAUCCGAAAUGGUCAUAUACGAAGCUGCACACGCCAUCGUCAACCUCAGGAAAACAGCCAGAGAUUUAGCUCCAGCCGUUUCUGUACUUCAGCUCUUCUGUGGGUCAUCCAAAGCGUCUCUAAGACUUGCAGGCGCGAGAACUCUUGCCAGAUUGACAGCGAAACACCCGACUGCUGUCGCUGCGUGCGCUGUUGAUCUAGAAAACCUAAUUUCUGAUCCCAACCGCUCUGUAGCCACUUUGGCCGUGACAACUCUUCUUGCAACAGGCGCUGAGAGUUCAGUCGAUAGGUUGAUGAAGCAAAUAUCCAGUUUUGUGUCUGAAAUCUCUGAUGAGUUUAAGAUCGUCGUCGUGAGAGCCAUUAGACGUCUCUGCACGAAGUUCCCGAGGAAACACCAGGCUUUGGCCGCGUUCUUAGCUGGCAUGCUGAGAGACGAAGGCGGUUUGGAGUACAAAGCAGCCAUCGCUGAUGCUAUCAUAGCUUUAGUCGAAGAAAAUCCGGACGCGAAAGAGACUGGGUUGGCUCAUCUCUGCGAGUUCAUCGAAGACUGCGAGCAUACGGCUCUCGCUGUAAGAAUUCUGCAUCUGCUAGGACGUGAAGGACCGAAAUCCCGUCAACCGUCCAGAUACAUCCGCUUCAUUUACAACCGUGUGAUCUUGGAGUCUGGACCGGUGCGUGCGGCGGCUGUGUCGGCUGUAGCUCAAUUCGGAGCUCAAAGACCUGAGCUGCUUCCCAAUAUCAGGGUUUUGCUAGCCCGCUGCCAAAUGGACGACGAAGAUGAAGUUAGAGACCGGGCGAUUUACUACAGCGCCAUUUUGGAUACCGGAGAUGCGCAACUCAUCAAUGAUUACAUCGUCAACGUUCCCAAGCCAAAUCCGGUGCUGCUAGAGAAAGCUUUGAGAGACCAUUUGGCGACAAGUCCCGAAGAAGUAUUCGAUAUCAAGGCCGUGCCUACUGAGGAGGAGCCUAAGGAAAACAAAGAAGCAAUAGUCGAGAUCGAAGUGCGCAAACCAGUAUUACAGUCCUUGGAAGAAAUGUACGCCGAACAACUAUCCAAAAUCCCAGGCAUCGAACGUCUUGGCCCAGUAUUCAAAACGAACUUGCCGAUCGAUUUGACGGAAGCAGAAACGGAGUACCGCGUGCGUUUGAUCAAGCACGUGUUUGGAAGACACGUCAUUUUCCAAUUUGAAUGCGUCAACACGCUAAGCGAUCAGUUAUUGGAAGAUGUGCAUGUCAGACUCGAAUGCCCCCCUGAAUAUGAGCUAAAGACCGAAGUAGCUUGCCAGAAUUUAGCAUACGACAAGCCGGGAAGCGUUUUCGUAGUAGUCGAAUACCCUUCAGCUUUCUUGGACAGUCUGGGCACUUUCGGAGCCACUUUGGAAUUCACAGUUCGCGAUUGCGACCCAACAACAGGAGUGCCCGACCCAGGAGAAGGGUACGGAGACUCGUAUCCUUUGGAGGAGUUCGAUAUGGGUUGUUCUGACCAGAUCAGAGCUAGAGCAGCGUCUGACGACUGGGAUGCAACUUGGGAGAGGUCAGCUAACGCGCCCCAAGCUUCUGACACGUUUGCUCUGUCGCAAAACGACGUCAUGGACGCAGCGAAAGCAGUUUGCGAGCAUCUAGGAUUACCCAAGAAUGCUAUAGUGGGGGAGGCUGUGAAGGAAAUCCGUGGAGGUGGCAUUUUCAGGGGCGGGGCUCCGGUCCUGGUGAGAGCUAGACUGGUGUCGAGCCCUGGUGGUGUUACUAUGCAGUUGGCGGCCAGGUCGCCUAGGGAGGAUGUCGCACAGUUGCUGCUAGCAGCAGUAGGUUAAACUUUAGGAUUAUUUGUGUUUUCGAUUGUGGAAUGUGGUCUAUGAAUCGAGAUCUUGGAAAAUUUUC